AUGAAUAUAAAUCGAAAUUCUCAAAAAAGAUACAAAUGGGCAAUUGAUCUGAAUUCAAGAUCCAAACCGGAAAAAUUUGUUGAACUUCCCUCUCCGCCUGGUUAUAGUUCUUCAGUUGCACAAGUUCAUACUGAAUCCUCAAAAGAAAGUGACACAAGUCAUUUAUUAAAAAAAAAAUCAUGGGAGGUUGCACUGGGCCCAUUGAAACAAGUUCCCAUGAACCUUUUUAUUAUGUACAUGGCUGGAAGCUCGAUAUCAAUUUUUCCAAUAAUGAUGGUUGGCAUGUUAAUUGUUAGACCAAUAAAAGCUUUAUUUACUAUUAAAAACACUUUCAAAAUGAUGGAAGGUGGACAUGCUUCUCAGCAAAAAUUUGUGUAUAUAUUAGGAAAUUUAAUAAAUAUUGGUUUUGCACUAUAUAAGUGUCAUUCAAUGGGCUUAUUACCAUCUCAUUCAUCUGAUUGGUUAGCUUUUGUCGAGCCCCCCUUAAGAAUGGAGUAUUCUGGUGGUGGACUUUUGUACAGUUAA